AAUGGGUAGGGUUAAAGUGCAGAUGAAAAAAAUAGAGAACAAAACUUAUAGGCAUAUAACUUUCGCCAAAAGAAAAAGUGGGCUUGUCAAGAAAGCUUAUGAGCUUUCCACUCUUUGUGAUGUGGAGGUUGCCCUUCUUAUCUUUUCUCCAGCUGGAAAACUCUUCCUUUUCGAUGCCAAGAAAAGAUUCGAAGAAAUUUUUGCUCGUUACAUUGAACUUCCUGCUCGUCGACGUGGAUGGGUGGAAAAUCAAGAGUUGAUCCGACGCAUUAUCACUCAGAUGAGCCUUGAAGCAGGUUAUUACGAUCGCUCCACCAUCUACAGGAGCGACAGAGGCUUCGACACCCAAUUGAAGGAAAUCCAGGAAGACAUACUGAUAUGCGGUGCUCAGGUGGAAGAUGUGGAGAGACAGCUACAGUCUUUUCUGAGAAAUCCCAGCUGUAUUACAUCAAUGAAUGAGGCUUCAUACUAUGAAAUGAUGCUGGAAGAGACCUUGAAGCUUGUCCAUUUUCGCAAGACGUUUCUAGAAGCAAAUCGGAUUGUUCAACCAACCUCACAGGAUUUUGGACUUACCUUUCUGCCCCGCCAGAAUGCAUUUCAUGCACAAAAUGUAAGUGCGGGGGCUAUGAUACCGAGAAGUUUGAACUACAAUUUGAUGAACUGGACAUCACACGCCAAUCUUCAAGCUCCAGUAAAUUUUACUGAUGAAUCAAAUGGACUUCAGCAACCUCCAAGAAAUUUACCAUCUCCGAUGAGAUAUCUUCUUCUUCAAGAGCAUAUUGAUGAAAAUAUGUACCGUCCAUCGACGUCGGGGAUUGUCAAUGCAAAUUUCCCUCCCAGGAAUAUGAACAUCAUACAGCAGGGAAGUGGAAGAGGUAGCGAAGCUGGGAACUUGAGCGGCAAUGAUUCAAACCUCGACUCCGGCGUCUGGUUCCUCCGCUGA